GAUAUUUUUGCGAAAAGUUGAAAACAUUAAAUUUAUCCCGCAAGAAACCGCUUUAAUUCAUCGGGUUUUUCUUAUUAAUUAACUCCAAAACUAUAAGUAUAAUGGAUACCAUAAAUUUGAUGAGCUGCAGAUUGUGCCUCUCGAUACCUAGCGACGAAGCUCUCACGUUUUCAAUAUUUGAUACCGUUAAGGGAAAAGUAUUGAGAGAUACGGUUGAGGAGUUGUUUUCCAUUACGCUAACUAAUGAAGAUCAGCUGUUAAACAUCUGUCUUGAAUGUGUCGAUCGGAUAUGUACAGUGCAGAAAAUUUAUGAUCAUUUUGUUCACAGCAACGAACAGCUUAGAGGAAUGCUGCAAAAUUUUGGUCAAGAAUCUCAAACCGUAGUUCUAGUAGAAAUUGACACUUUGCAAACCGAUGACAAUAAAAUAUCUGAUUGUAAAGAGAAUACUAAUACAAAAGGUGUGCCAAUCAAACUUGAAGCUGAGGCAAUCCCAACUGUAGAUUUCAUACUAGAUGAAUGUUCGGAUUCUCAAGAAAUGGUCACCAAUAGCUACGAGAACGUGGAGCUUGAACAUGAAACUAAAUAUAAAGAUAUUCGUAUUCAUAAAACAGAAAACGAACCGGAACAUACAGCUGAGCUACCAUGUAAUGCUAGCAGAAAUAAACAGAAUCAUGAAAUUGCACCCAAAUAUAAAUGUUAUUUUUGCAAAACUGUUUUCGAUACAGAAAUUAUGUUCACUGAACAUCUUCAUGUUCAUUUCGGAGAAGUACCUCUAACAUGCGACAAAUGCGACAACCUCGUUAUCAAAUCUGUGCGGCAAGCCAGUAAACAUUUGGCUUUACACGACGAGGAUGAACGGCCACACAAGUGCCGAAUUUGUGAAUUGCGAUUCUUCACCAGAGAAAACAGUCUGACCCAUGAGCGGAAAAUUCAUCGGAUGAAAGUAAAAAUAAAACAAAAUAUUGAUGGCUAUGCAGAACGGCUGAAAUCUAAAAGAUAUCAGUGUAGCUAUUGCGGUCAAUGUGCGACGACGAACGAAAACCUGCGGAAGCACGAAAUGAUCCACGUUCCGCAACAAAAGUUCCAUACCUGUCAUGUGUGCCAAAAACAGUUUACUGCUCGGAAAAACCUUACUCGCCACUUGAUGAUACAUACAGGUGAGUUGCCAUAUAAAUGUGAUCAGUGUGAUAGAGCCUUCCGCCAAGCGGGUGAUUUGAAGGAUCAUAUACGAAGACAUACCAAAGAAAAGCCGUACAAAUGUAUUGAUUGCGGAAAUUGUUUCCGGAACAUCUCGUUGCUACAUGUGCACAGAAAGAAGUGUUCUAAUGCAGUUUGA